GCGCCGUUCGCCUUCACCUGAAAGGAUAGGUCAGACGAGAAAGCGUGUCCGGCUUCUCCGCGCCCGGCCGCCUCCAUACUACUAGUAUAUACUACUACCCGGGAUCCCUCUUGUUUUCGGUAGUCUUGCCUUGCGCCGGCUUGCAUUGGUUCUCCACGCCUAGCUAGCCAAAGCACGACAGGCUCCAGCGACCAGCGCAGCACACGGCAGCAAGCGACGCGACGCGGCGGCCGGCGCCAUCGAAUCGAUUGCGGCUGAUCGAGGAUGUGCUGCGGCGACGGCGAGUGCCGGCCCCUGGGGUGGCUGCUGGGCCUGCCCUUCGCGCUCCUCGCCGUCAUCGUCUCCUUCGUCGGCGCCAUCAUCUGGAUCAUCGGGCUGCCCAUCUCGUGCAUCUGCCCGUGCUGCCUCUGCGUGACGCUGCUGCUGGAGGUGGCCGUGGAGCUCGUCAAGGCGCCGCUCCAUGUCAUGACCUGGUUCACCUCCAAGAUACCCUGCUGAUAUCUCGAUCCCUUCGUCCAUUAUUCCAUUCUUCCACCACAGCUAGCUAGCAGCCUUCCUAGUACAGUACUAGUCAUCACCAUUCGCCAGAUCCAUCAUCCGGCUGUGGUGGAUUCAUCGGCUCUCGUGUGCGUCGUCCACAGAUUGCUCGCUUUUGUAUAUUCGUAUAUCAUCGGUUGAUUUGUUUGAUUCGUCUUGAUACUCUGGUGGAUUCUGCGAUUGAUUUCCAGAGAUUUGGUGACUCUGACUUUGUGAUCCACAAGUAAUGCUACUGUUCUUGAGUGCUGUGGAAA